UACAUAACAGCAGUCCAACAGACAGAUAGGCGGCCAGACAGACAAGCAGGCAGCUUCAACUCUAUUAACAAUGGAAUUUCAUCGCCCUUUGUUGGCCAAUGGGAAAAUUGCUCCGCUCUCGUGGGAGAUUCGUUUGUUCUUUCUCAAUGUGAAUUGGCCAAUUAAGGAACAUGCAAAGCUGUUUAUGAGGGUCUAUCACCAGGCAAUGCUGGUGCUGGGCUUUUUGUUUUUCUGUUACAGCAAUGAGGCGGAGAUGCAUUAUUUGGUCAAUCACAUAGACGACAUUGGCUUGGCGCUGGAGGGUUUGGCUACCUAUUUGAUUUUGGUCGAGGCUCAUCUGAGAAUUUACAACAAGGGCUUCUAUCAGGCCAGUUUUAAGAAUUUUCUAGAUGAGUUUUAUCAAAACAUUUACAUGGAGGAAUACUUGGACAAAGAGACCUACCGCGAUAUUCAACGCAAAUUAUUGCCUACGAAAAUGUGUUCCUAUUCCUACAUACUCACUGUGGUCACCUAUUUUCUGGUGCCUGUGAUGGGAUUUUUCCAACACAGCAAUUUGGUGCCCUUCAAAACCAUCUUCCACUAUGACCUUGGCAUCUGGUAUUUCUAUGUGCCCACCCUAUUGGUAACUCUAUGGAUUGGUGUGGCUGUUGUCUCCCAUCUGAGUGCCGAGUCGAAUUUGGUUGCUACGGUGAUAUUGCAUUUGAAUGCCCGCUACUUGCAUUUGCAGCAGGAGCUAAAGGAGUUGCAGUGCAAAUUAUCCUCGGACAUGAAAAUUAGCACGGACAGAGUGUUGGGUGAAUAUCGUCUCGCUUUCAUCGACAUCAUCAAGCGUAACGUGCAGUACAAUGAGUUUGCCCAAAAGUUCCAAAAACAAUAUUCCUUUUGCAUAUUCGUAAUGAUGGCGUUCAGUGCCACACUGUUGUGUGUGUUGGGAUUUAAGGCGGCUACUCUUGGUAUGACUACAAAGAACAUAACCUUCAUAACCUGGAUAUUGGGUAAAAUAGUAGAAUUAUUGGUUUUUGGAACUUUGGGUUCGACGCUUAUCGAAACGACCAAUAACAUGAGCUCAUGUUAUUACAUGGCCAAUUGGGAGGACAUCAUUUUAAAAUCAUCCCAUACAUUGGAUAACAUAAAAUUAAUGAAACUUAUCACUCUGGCCAUUGAACUUAACCAGAAACCAUUCUACUUGACUGGCUAUAAUUAUUUUAAUGUUAGCCUGGCCACCGUAAUAGCGAUUUUACAAGGGGCCGGCUCAUAUUUUACCUUUUUAUAUGCUUUCCGAUAAGGCAGAGAGAACAAAGAGCAAGAAAAGUGGAACAAAACAACAUAAACGGUCAAAAACGACCACAAAUUUAUUGCCUAGAUUUAGGGCUAAAGAUUAUUUUCUAAUAUUUAUAUGGCAUUUUUACACCGAAAGUAGAAAAUGUGAAGAAUGUUCCUCAAUACACUCACACAAAAAUCGCACACAGACGUUUACAGGAGAUGGGAUUUUUUUGAGGAGAACAAUUUAGGUUUUGGGCACCUCACACAAUUGAGCAUCUCACACAAUAUAAUGGGCACUAUAAACCUUAGACACCAUAGUA